AUGAAUACCCGUUCCGGAAAGCUGAUGUAUAGCAUAUUGCAACUCGAACGACUCAAUUCGGUCGGUACCUACAUGAUACACAAGGAUAGUACGAAUGCUCCAUAUCAAGCUUACCAAAUUGAAGGUAUUGCUAACUCGAAAAGAGCGACCGAUAUCACCCAUUUGGAUAUUUCCACUACUUCUUUGUCCAAAGAAACUUAUCAACUUUUGCGCUCUAGGUUUAUCUCUCUCGAACACCUUUCUUUGUACGAAAGCUGUGAUGUCUUUCGAACCUAUGGACCUAGCGAACUAGAUUGGUCUUCAUUCCGACGUCUGAUCAGUCUUAGUAUCGCAGGCGACCCUGGUGCUAACUUUACCUUCAUUGGCUCAAUCCCAGAGUUGGUUCGGACCUGCCGUUCACUGAAACAACUCUUUCUCUCGGAUCGCGGAGAUGAAAUGGAUCCUGCAGAUCAUGGUAGAUCGAAAGGCUGGAGCAGUAGUCAACAUGGCUGGUGGAAUCAGCGCACGCCAUUAGAAUAUUUCCAGUUGGACGUUAAAAAGUCUGCGACAAUCUUGCUUGUUGGCUCAAUUCCAGUUCACGAAAUGAGACUUAUCAACCGUGAUUAUGGUCACUUUGAUGGUCCAUUCUCUAUAGACCCAGAAAUCUUUCCUCACUUACAGAUUCUAACCGUGCAUUCUAGUUUUAUUCGAAAGGCAUGGGGAUAUGAUCCGGACUCAAUAUGGACCGAACCAUUAUGCCACUUGGGAGAGGAAAGAGAUGUAGAUAUUCGAAUUGAGGGCGUACCCUUACCUUGA